GUGCCAGCCGUUCCGCUGCUGCUGGAGAGGGAAGGUUCGGGUCCACGCCUCCGAGAGCAGCCCCGGCACGGACAUCCUACCCCCCGCAAUUAAAGGGGAGGAACCGAGACCUGGAUGGGCUCGAGCAUCUCCCACAGAUCGCUUGAUGGCCGCAGCCGUGGCAGGUAAAAGGAGGAAAACUGUUCCAGCCUGGGCAAGCAGCGGCCUCAUUGUCCUUGUGUUUUAAACUGCAGCAGCAACUGGGAGUUCAACAAUGAAGCAGUGAUAUCUGAGAACAAAGGAGCACUGGCCAACUAAAUGUCAGCACAUUUCAUGCGAUUGGGUGAGAACACUGCAGCAGACCUGCAUAUCAGCUGGCAGAGCAAGGAUGUGCUCCUCUGACGCCAUUUAUUUGAAGCAGCUUUAGUACAGAUUUCUUAAACUUUAUGUCUAUAAAAUUCAAAAUGAGUGAGCCUCCCACAUUCUUUGUUGGGCCUGAAGAUGCAGAAAUCAAUCCUGGAAACUAUCGUCGCUUCUUCCACCAUGCUGAUGAGGACGAGGAGGAGGAAGAUGAGUCUCCACCAGAAAGGCAGAUUGUGGUUGGAAUAUGUUCCAUGGCAAAGAAAUCCAAAUCCAAACCCAUGAAGGAAAUUCUGGAGCGGAUCUCCUUGUUUAAAUACAUCACAGUAGUGGUUUUUGAAGAGGAAGUUAUUCUGAAUGAACCCGUGGAAAACUGGCCUUUAUGUGAUUGUCUUAUUUCUUUCCAUUCUAAAGGAUUUCCACUGGACAAAGCAGUUGCCUAUGCAAAACUCAGGAAUCCAUUUGUUAUCAAUGACUUGAAUAUGCAGUAUCUCAUACAAGAUAGAAGAGACGUUUAUAGCAUUCUUCAAGCUGAAGGCAUCCUGCUUCCUCGGUAUGCAAUCCUGAACCGUGAUCCAAAUAACCCGAAAGAAUGCAACCUGAUUGAAGGAGAAGAUCAUGUAGAAGUGAAUGGGGAAGUUUUCCAAAAGCCAUUUGUGGAAAAGCCGGUCAGUGCAGAAGACCACAAUGUUUACAUUUAUUAUCCAACAUCCGCUGGAGGUGGAAGCCAGAGACUUUUCAGGAAGAUUGGCAGUAGAAGCAGUGUGUAUUCCCCAGAGAGCAACGUUCGAAAAACAGGGUCAUAUAUAUAUGAAGAGUUUAUGCCUACAGAUGGUACUGAUGUUAAGGUUUAUACCGUGGGUCCAGACUAUGCACAUGCUGAAGCGCGAAAAUCUCCAGCUCUCGAUGGCAAGGUCGAACGAGACAGCGAAGGGAAAGAAGUAAGAUACCCCGUCAUUCUCAAUGCGCGGGAGAAGCUGAUUGCAUGGAAAGUCUGCCUUGCUUUUAAGCAAACAGUUUGUGGCUUUGAUUUGUUACGUGCCAAUGGACAGUCCUAUGUGUGUGAUGUCAAUGGCUUCAGUUUUGUGAAAAAUUCCAUGAAGUACUAUGAUGACUGUGCAAAAAUUCUUGGCAAUAUCGUAAUGCGGGAGCUUGCGCCACAGUUUCAUAUCCCCUGGUCAAUACCAUUAGAAGCUGAAGAUAUUCCGAUUGUACCAACUACCUCUGGAACUAUGAUGGAACUUCGGUGUGUCAUAGCUGUGAUACGACAUGGGGAUCGAACACCGAAACAGAAAAUGAAAAUGGAAGUGAGGCAUCAAAAGUUUUUUGAUCUGUUUGAAAAGUGUGAUGGAUAUAAAUCAGGGAAGUUAAAGCUCAAGAAGCCAAAACAAUUGCAGGAAGUCCUAGAUAUUGCACGGCAGCUUCUUAUGGAGCUGGGGCAAAAUAAUGACUCUGAAAUCGAAGAAAACAAGUCAAAACUUGAACAACUGAAGACCGUGUUAGAGAUGUAUGGUCAUUUUUCGGGAAUAAACCGUAAGGUCCAAUUGACCUAUCUCCCUCAUGGUUGUCCAAAAACGUCCAGUGAGGAGGAAGAUAACCGAAGAGAGGAGCCGUCCUUACUCUUGGUUUUAAAAUGGGGAGGAGAGCUGACCCCUGCAGGCAGGGUUCAGGCUGAAGAGCUGGGAAGAGCUUUUAGGUGUAUGUACCCUGGAGGUCAAGGAGAUUAUGCAGGAUUUCCUGGUUGUGGUUUACUCCGACUGCAUAGCACCUACAGACAUGACCUCAAAAUAUAUGCCUCUGAUGAAGGGCGGGUCCAGAUGACGGCAGCUGCUUUCGCAAAGGGUCUCUUGGCUUUAGAAGGAGAGCUUACCCCCAUUCUUGUUCAGAUGGUGAAAAGUGCAAAUAUGAACGGCCUUUUGGAUAGUGACAGUGACUCUUUGAGUAGCUGUCAGCAGCGUGUGAAAACGAGGCUUCAUGAAAUACUUCAAAAAGACAGAGAUUUUACAGCCGAAGACUACGAGAAGCUUACUCCAUCUGGAAGCAUUUCUGUUGUCAAAUCAAUGCAUUUAAUUAAAAACCCAGUGAAAACCUGUGACAAAGUGUAUUCCUUGAUUCAAAGUUUGACUUCCCAAAUCAGACAUCGGAUGGAAGAUCCCAAAUCAGCUGAUAUUCAGCUUUACCAUAGUGAGACCCUGGAACUUAUGCUGCGUAGAUGGUCCAAGUUGGAGAAGGACUUUAAGACAAAGAAUGGAAGAUAUGAUAUUAGUAAGAUCCCUGACAUAUAUGACUGCAUCAAAUAUGACGUUCAGCAUAACGGUUCCUUGAAGUUAGAAGAUACAAUGGAACUAUAUAGGCUUUCAAAGGCAUUAGCAGAUAUUGUAAUCCCUCAGGAAUAUGGUAUAACUAAAGCUGAAAAGCUGGAGAUUGCCAAAGGCUACUGUACUCCACUAGUUAGAAAAAUCCGAUCGGAUCUUCAGAGGACGCAAGACGAUGACACUGUCAAUAAACUCCAUCCUGUGUAUUCUAGAGGUGUUCUGUCUCCUGAGCGGCACGUCCGCACCAGAUUAUACUUUACCAGUGAGAGCCAUGUGCAUUCCUUACUGUCCAUCCUUCGCUACGGCGCCUUAUGUGAUGAAUCAAAGGAUGAACAGUGGAAACGAGCUAUGGAUUAUCUAAACGUUGUCAAUGAACUCAACUACAUGACGCAGAUUGUUAUCAUGCUCUACGAGGAUCCCAACAAGGAUCUCUCCUCGGAGGAACGCUUUCAUGUGGAGUUACACUUUAGUCCUGGAGCCAAAGGCUGUGAAGAAGAUAAGAAUUUGCCAUCUGGCUAUGGGUAUAGGCCAGCUUCCAGGGAGAAUGAAGGCAGAAGAUCUCUUAGAAUUGAUGAUGAUGAGCCUCAUACUUCUAGACGAGAUGAAGUUGACCGGGCAGUGAUGUUGUUUAAACCCUUGGUGUCCGAACCAAUUCAUAUACACAGGAAGUCACCACUUCCGAGGUCCAGGAAGAUCACUACAAAUGAGGAAGAGACCCCCCUGAGUGUGUCUAGCCCAGAGGGCACUGGCACCUGGCUGCAUUAUACCAGUGGUGUGGGUACUGGGCGUCGAAGACGCAGAUCAGGGGAACAAAUCACCUCUUCCCCUGUCUCCCCCAAAUCAUUGGCUUUCACAUCCAGUAUUUUUGGCUCAUGGCAACAGGUUGUGUCUGAGAAUGCCAACUAUCUCCGAACACCAAGAACUCUUGUGGAACAGAAGCAGAACCCUACAGUAGGGUCUCACUGUGCGGGCCUGUUUAGCACCUCAGUGCUCGGGGGUUCUUCAAGUGCACCUAACCUACAGGAUUAUGCUCGUACUCAUCGUAAAAAGCUGACUUCUUCUGGCUGCAUAGAUGACGCCACACGCGGGUCUGCUGUUAAAAGGUUUUCUAUCUCAUUUGCUCGACACCCAACCAAUGGCUUUGAGCUGUACUCCAUGGUACCAUCCAUCUGCCCUCUAGAAACACUUCACAAUGCCCUGUUUUUAAAGCAAGUGGAUGACUUUCUGGCUUCUAUUGCUUCUCCAUCAACUGAGGUUCUGCACAAGGUCCCCGAAAUGUCCUCUAUGGCCACACGUUCCAGUCCAGGGAUGAGAAGAAAAAUUUCCUUAAAUACAUAUACACCUGCAAAGAUCCUCCCAACAGCGCCUGCUGCUUUUAAGAGCGGCAAAGCAAGCAGCAAAGCAGCAGCCGGCGGACCAUCUCCGGCAGUGACUUCCCAUACCUCAUCUCGGAAGAAGAGCUUAAGUAGCAAAACUGAGGGGCAUGAAUCCAAGAAAAGCACUGGGAAGAAAAGAUGAGCUCACACCAGAACCGGAAGUUCCCAUGCUUAGAAAGGGGCUUGUUGCUUAGCAAAGGAUGUCUGAGAAACCCUGACUUAGCUGGUCAUAGCCAAUAAUUUAUGUAUUACCAUUGCUUUACUUUAUACAUCUUUGUAUUUCUUUACAACACCUCGAAAGCUAGAGGACCUUCUGUUUUUAUUCAGGCAAGGAGCUUUGGCAGGAUUUAGAAAUGUUCAAAAUAACGUCUGUCUGCUUUGUGUACGGAAAUUGAUGUCAACUGCUACAGCGGGCACUGUGAUGAUUCCCAUGUGCCUGUGGCAGGGACAAAGGACACGGAAAUCCGGCUGACUGGUACCAAAGUGCACUCUCUUCAGGUGCCUCUCUACACACAUGCAUUUCUACAGGACUGCACUUAGUGAGUGAGAUUGGACAGGCAAGAUCAUGUGUUGA